UUCUAGGAGAGACGGAGGAGGAGGCGAGGCCUUUUCCCUUCUUCCUUCCUGGCGCCUAAGAUGGCGUCCGCCGCCACUGCUGCUGCUGCCUUGGUGGGGCCUGGCCUUGGCCCUGAGGAGCUGAGGCUGCUGGAGAAGUCCCUGGGCCUCAAGAAGGGGAACAAGUACAGCGGGCAAGGAGAGCGGCAGACUCCUGUCCUGCAGAUGAACAAUGGGCCAAGUCUGAGAGGACUAACCACCAUAGCCAUCCAUCUGGUGAAGCAAGCAAAGAAGGAGCAGCUGCUUGGAAGUACUGCGGAAGAGAAAGCCAUGGUUCAGCAGUGGCUAGAAUACAGAGUAACACAAGUAGAUAAGCAUUCCAGUAAAGAAGAAAUCAGAACAAUUCUGAAGGACCUUAAUUCAUACCUUGAAGACAAAGUCUACUUUACAGGAAACAAUUUUACUUUAGCAGAUAUUUUACUGUACUAUGGACUGCACCAUAUCAUAGCUGACCUUACUGUGCAGGAGAAGGAGAAAUACCUUAAUGUGUCUCGUUGGUUUAAUCAUAUUCAGCACGUUCCAGGUAUCCGGCAACAUCUGUCUAGCAUAGUCUUCAUCAAGAAUAGACUCUAUAAUACACAUUAAGUCUCAUGUUUGGAAUUACUGAGAAAAGAAAACCAUCCUUUGGAGCCACUAAUGCAUGCAAGCAUUGGUUUCUGUCAUUUCCAUAUGUGAAGCUGAACAGUUGGUGCCUAAAGUCAUAAAGUUGCAUUAAGUAGCUAUUUAGAAAUAUGGACUUCAUUAAAAAAAUUAUUUGGCAAAUUUCAAUAAGUGAAAUGUGAAUCAAGCUUCUUGAAGUAGAACAUUUAUUUUAAUCACCCAGACAUAUAUAUAUAUAGGAGCUUAGCUUUUAUUGUACGGAAACAUAGAAAUUUAUUGCACAUAUGUCAAUCUGUGCUGUUUGUCUGAAUAGUAUCAUGUAUAGUAUUCCCUUGUAUUUUAUCCUGUGGAUGUUUACACUAGUUUUGUAAAAGUUACAAGGAAAUUCUAUUGUGCCAAGUAUUUUGAAAAAGAAAAGACAGAUGUAUUGGAAGCAAAUAAUAUUUAUGUGAUAAAUUAUUUGAAAAGCUUUAGUUUGAUUGCAAUUGAUUUCCUGGGAUGUAGAAAUGAAGAUUAAAUAUUAAAACUGUAAGACUGGAUACUGCAAAUCAAGUGAUAAAAUUUACUUUCCUAUCUGUCUGUCUGCCUAUCUGCCUAUCUAUCUGCAUGAUUCCCAUUUUCUUUCUUUUUACUGUAGUACUGCUGUAAUACUAUAGAAGCUCCUUCAUUCCUUUGCAUGUAAUGAGCCCCAGCCAUGCCAACUCCCCUUUAUUCAGCAGAUGCCAACUAUUAUAACAAAAGGACAGUGUGAGCAGAGGUCCUUUGCAGGUUAGGUAUAUUCCACACCUUCCAAUGUGUAGAGCUUUUGUCUACAUGUAGGUUUAUAAAUUGCCUCCCGUUCCUGAUUUUUUGGAAAUGUUUCUUUCAAAAAAAAAAAAAAAAAAACCCACCCCCCCCCC